CAGGGCGGUUGAUACCACAGAGCAGCGGCUUGGUUCAGCGGUGGUGCAUUACAGUGGUGUUCUCGUCACACACGCAACAGUAACCGAGGACCCAACAUCUAGUGACCAGUUCGAGAGGUGGUGUGCCACAGCAUCCAGUACAACAUCCAGCACCGGUCUUCAUCGCGUCAUCGCGUGCAAACGUGUGUGAAACGUGUGUAAGAAGAUCGUAGUGCGUACACAAGUGCACGUUGUGGCCUAGUGAGCGAAAUCAUGGGCAUUGAAACGAUCCCGGAGCGCAUGGCGAUGGACGAGACGGUCCCGGGCAGCUGGGUCCUGUCGGUCACGGUGGCGACCGUGCUGCUGCUGGUGGCCGGCACACUCUUCCACCUCUGGAUGCAAACGCGCCGGUACGUGCAGCUCGGCAACCUGAUACCGGGCCCGGUCGCCUACCCACUGAUCGGGAACGCAAAUAUGCUACUCGGGAAGACGCACAAUCAAAUCAUGGAGAAGGCGAUGGAGCUGAGCUACAUCUACGGCACGGUAGCGCGCGGCUGGCUCGGCUACCAUUUGGUCGUCUUCCUGACCGAACCGGCCGACGUCGAGAUCAUCCUGAAUAGCUACGUGCAUCUAGAGAAGUCGAGCGAGUACCGCUUUUUCAAGCCCUGGCUCGGCGACGGACUGCUGAUCAGCUCGGGCGACAAGUGGAAGUCGCACAGGAAGCUGAUCGCGCCCGCCUUCCACCAGAACGUGCUGAAAACGUUCAUCGACGUGUUCAACGACAACAGUCUCGCGGUGGUGAAGCGCAUGUCCAAGGAGGUCGGCCACGUGUUCGACUGUCACGACUACAUGAGCGAGGUGACGGUGGACAUUCUGCUCGAGACGGCGAUGGGAUCGACGCGUACGGGCGAAAACAAGGAAGGGUUCGAGUACGCGAUGGCUGUCAUGAAAAUGUGUGACAUCCUGCACAAGCGCCAACUGAAGAUCCACCUGCGCCUGGACCCACUGUUCAACUUGACCGGCGUCAAGAAGGAACAGGAGCGCCUGCUGCAGAUCAUCCACGGCCUAACGCGCAAGGUGGUGCGCGAGAAGAAGCAACUGUACGAGCGCCAGAUGGCCGAGGGCAAGAUGCCGUCCCCGUCGCUGACGGAGAUCAUCGGCAAGGAGGAGAAGCCGGGCGAGGGCCAGCUCGGCGGUUCGCCGGCCUUCAUCUCGCAAGGCUCGAUGCUGCGGGACGAUCUGGACGACAACGACGAGAACGACAUCGGGGAGAAGCGCCGGCUCGCCUUCCUCGACCUGAUGAUUGAGACAGCCAACAACGGGGCGAACAUUAGCGACGAGGAGAUCAAGGAGGAGGUGGACACGAUCAUGUUCGAGGGCCACGAUACGACGGCGGCCGGUUCGAGCUUCGUGCUGUGUCUGCUCGGCAUCCAUCAGCACGUGCAGGAGCAGGUGUACGCGGAGCUGCGCCAGAUCUUUGGCGAUUCGAAACGGAAGGCCACCUUCGGCGACACGCUCGAGAUGAAGUACCUGGAGCGGGUAAUCUUCGAGACGCUGCGCAUGUUCCCGCCGGUGCCGAUGAUUGCGCGCAAGAUCAACGAGGACGUGCAGCUCGCGUCGAAAAACUACACGAUCCCGGCUGGCACGACCGUCGUGAUCGGCACGUACAAGAUCCACCGGCGCGAGGACCUGUACCCCCAUCCGGAAACGUUCAACCCGGACAACUUCCUGCCGGAGCGUACCCAGAACCGCCACUACUACAGCUACAUCCCGUUCAGUGCUGGCCCCCGAAGCUGUGUGGGUCGAAAGUAUGCGAUGCUCAAGCUGAAGGUGCUGCUGUCUACGGUACUGCGACACUAUCGCGUUGUCUCCAACCUGACCGAGAAGGACUUUAAGCUGCAGGCCGACAUCAUCCUGAAGCGCACGGACGGGUUCCAGAUUCAGCUGGAGCCGAGGGCAUGAUAAGACCGAGAACGCAUCCGGGGACACACCAGACGAGGAUACAUUUCUGGGAAUCUGUUGUGUGGGACACUUUUAGAAAAAAACGACAACGAAAUAGCUUCAAAGCAGGCAUGAACGGGAAGGCAGCAAAACAUUAGACGUCGGCUGUUUAUGCAUUUGGGCCGGCAGAGGUAUGGGCGAAGAAAGGAGAAAAAAACAUUUGCUAACCAUAAUCUCACUGCUUUAUUUUUUGUUUUGUUUUAGAGCGCACUAUGCUCUCAACGUUAUAGAAAAAUAAAAACAAAGUAGAAACUUAA